AUGCCGUCGCGUAUCCAAGGCACAUCUCCUUCUCCGCGACAAGCGCCCAGUACCGUCAAUGAUGUGGUCAAUGCUCUCCAGCGCAAGUUGACCAGCAACCACAUUGAAACGUCCGUCACGCCUCCGAGAAGACCGUCAUUCUCGAUGGAUUCAUUACUCCAUCCCAAAAAGGACAAGAAACACGAAGAGCCCAAAGACCGCGACGCCAGCAGUCCCAAGCGUUUGUCCCUAACCGGCCGCCAUGCGAGCAAAUCCAAGGACAACGCAGCUGCUCGUUCGCCGCGAGUCACUGCAGCUCAACCCGGUCGCUUCGAGAUGAUCAUUGAAUCCCCGCCGUUGGUUCUGUAUGGGAGCACUAGCAAUUCCAGUGGAGCAUUACUAUCGGGCCGCCUGAAAUUCCUAGUCAGCGAUCCAACCGGCGAGGUGCGACUGAACAAUUUCCACAUGGUGCUGAGAGCCAUCAGUACUUCCAAGAAGCCAGUUGGCAAAGACUGCAGGGAAUGCAGCGAGAAGGUCGAGAUCCUCAAGACUUGGGAAUUCCUCUCCGAACCGCGAACGUUCCACUCUGGCAAAGACAACCAAUUCCCCUACUCUUUCCUCUUCCCGGGCCAUCUCCCCGCCUCGACACAAUCGCAGCUGGCGUCAAUCCAAUACUGGCUCCUGGCAACGGGGACGACUUCGCAUGGCGAGGAGAUUACCCUGACUCACCCAUUGACCGUUCAACGAGCAAUUCAGCCGGGUCCCGACAAGUCAAGCAUUAGGAUCUUCCCGCCGACCAAUCUUACCGGGCGAGUGCAGCUUCCUCCUGUCGUCCAUCCCAUUGGAGUCUUCCCAGUCACAAUGUCGUUAAGCGGCGUCGUGGAAAAGAAGUCCGAAAGUCAGACUCGGUGGAGGCUGAGAAAAAUGACCUGGCGGGUCGAGGAGCACUCCAAGGCAAUAUCGAACCCGUGCCCCAAGCAUGCCCACAAGGUCAGCGAGGGCAAGUCGAUCCUCCACCAGGAAACGAAAGUUCUCGGCAACGACGAGUUGAAGGGUGGCUGGAAGAGUGACUUUGAUACGAUCGGAGGCGAAAUCACCAUGGAGUUCGAGGCGUCUUUGACGACUAAGAGCGGCCAACGACCCACCUGCGACGUGGAUUCGCCGACAGGAAUCGAAGUCAAGCACAAUCUGGUCAUCGAGUUGAUCGUCGCCGAGGAGUUUUGCCCGAACAAGAAUCUCUCCAUGGUCACGCCUACUGGUGCUGCUCGCGUGCUCAGGAUGCAGUUCGGAUUGGUUGUUACCGAACGAGCCGGCAUGGGCAUUAGCUGGGACGAAGAAAUGCCACCUGUUUACGAAGAUGUUCCACCGAGUCCACCCGGAUACGGCAGCGCCGACAGGAAUGACGGCGCAUGGGGUGGCGCGGUCAUCGAAGACUACCACGGCGAGUUGCCCGAGUAUGAAGAUCUCGAGAGCAUGGGCAACGAGGAAUCUCAUGCUGGUUCGCGCAAUAUCGGCCUUCCAAUGCGGGAGAGCCAACCUCCAUCUGGGCGAUUCAGUCCCGUCAGAAGACCUUUGGCGGGAUUGACGAACGACGAGCUUGGAGCCGAGCCUCCUCGCUACACCUUGAACAGAGGAGAGUCGGGAGACCGGCAACAGUCUGGCCCACAAGAAGAUGAUGCCGAAGGCAGCACGUCGACUGCGCGAUAA